GCUGGAUGCUGAGCGCUCCUCCGCGUUUUUCAUCCCUCGAGGGUUUUUUUUUUUUUUCCUCGCCCCGUCGCUGUGACAUCGAAAAGGGCGCGACGGAAGUAGAACUGGAGGCUUUCUAAAAUGGCGAACCGCACCGUGAAGGAUGCUCACAGCAUCCACGGCACGAACCCUCAGUAUCUGGUGGAGAAGAUCAUUCGGACGCGGAUCUAUGAGUCCAAGUACUGGAAAGAAGAGUGCUUUGGGCUGACGGCUGAACUUGUAGUUGAUAAAGCCAUGGAGUUAAGGUUUGUGGGUGGUGUGUAUGGUGGCAACAUAAAACCAACUCCUUUUCUGUGCUUGACCUUGAAGAUGCUGCAAAUCCAACCCGAGAAGGAUAUCAUUGUAGAGUUUAUAAAAAAUGAAGAUUUCAAGUAUGUCCGCAUGCUGGGCGCACUUUACAUGAGACUGACAGGCACUGCCAUUGAUUGCUACAAGUAUCUAGAGCCUCUAUACAAUGACUACAGAAAAAUCAAGAGCCAGAACCGUAAUGGAGAGUUUGAAUUGAUGCAUGUAGAUGAGUUUAUUGACGAACUGCUGCACAGCGAGAGAGUUUGUGAUAUCAUUCUGCCCCGUCUACAGAAACGUUACGUUCUUGAAGAAGCUGAGCAGUUGGAGCCUCGGGUUAGUGCUCUUGAAGAAGAUAUGGAUGACGUGGAGUCCAGUGAAGAGGAGGAGGAAGAAGAUGAGAAGUUGGAGAGAGUGCCAUCACCCGAUCACCGCCGGAGAAGCUACCGAGACUUAGACAAGCCCCGGCGCUCUCCCACGCUGCGCUAUAGAAGAAGCAGAAGUAGAUCACCUAGAAGACGGAGUCGAUCUCCUAAGAGGAGGAGUCCCUCCCCUCGACGAGAAAGACAUCGGAGCAAGAGUCCCAGACGUCAUCGGAGCAGAUCUCGAGAUAGACGUCACAGAUCUCGCUCCAAGUCCCCAGGUCAUCAUCGUAGUCACAGACAUAGAAGCCACUCAAAGUCUCCAGAAAGAUCGAAGAAAAGCCACAAGAAGAGUCGAAGAGGAAAUGAAUAAUGGAUUUGUUUUGGUUUUAGUCCAAAUGACUUCUUAUGAAAUUGAAGGCAUCUGUCUAUGUGGAAGAAUUAAUAAGAACUAUUCCUUAGGCAGCUACAUUUUAAACCAAGUUUCUCACUUGUUUUCUUUUAAGUGACAGAGGUGCUGAGGUUAUUAUUUUGUGGAUAUCUGGUUAUUUGUUUUUGGACCACACCCAGCAGUGCUCAAGGCUUAUUCCUAGCUCUGCACUCAGGGAUCACUCCUGGCCGAGUUUGGGGACCAUCUGCAGUGCCAGGGAUCAAACUCAGGUUAGCUGCAUGCAAAGCAAGAGCCUGCUCACUGUACUAUCCCACUAGUCCCUGGUGCUGAGGUUUUUAACCUUUUUUUUUUUUUUGCCCUUAUUUGUGGAAGAGUUGCUUUUGACAUCAACUUUGACUUGACUC